UUUGGAUUACGCGACGAAAAUAAACCACAAAAGAGAAGUGAGAAAGAACACUACCACUUUUUUAAUUUUUAUCUUUUUACGAUCCAUCCUAUUCUAUUCUCUCUUUCUUCUCAAUCAGCACAGGCCCCCUCGCUUCAAUUCUCAUUGUUUUAAGAAAUAAUAAUUAAAAAAAAAAAAAGAAAACGACGAUGUCGUUUGGAUCAUCCCUGUUCCCUACUCCACAUGCCAUGCGUUUUCUCUCAAACUCAAACAGAACUUCUCAACUCCCUCUCCCUCAUACCUUUCGCGUCAAGUCUUCUUCCGACGUUCCCGAUUUCCUCUCCGCUGAUUGGUUAGAAUCCCGCAAGAAACGACCCUUUGGCCCAAGAUUAGAUUAUAGUGCAGAGGAUGCAGUGCGUUACCAGCUAGAAGCACUCAAGUAUAACGAUCAGCCUCGUCAGGACUAUGGGAUUGAAGUCAUGUACAGGUUUGCUGGAUUUGAUCCCUUUGAAAGGUCUACAUAUUUUGGGCCGUUCUUCGAUCUCGGUCAGUUUGAGAGGUUCAGGCGUAUUUUUCACCAUUCAACUUAUCGAGUGUUACUUGGUCACAAGGAAAGAAAAAUCAUGAGCAGCUUGUUUGUAGAGGAGAACAAAUACAAGCAGCGGGUUUGGAUUCGUGGAAGUCGACCAGAGGAAGAGGAAAUAUUUCAAUUUACUAUGAUUCAGAGAGUUGGUGGUUGCUGGGAUGGUUAUUGGUUGACAGAGUCAUUGCUUCAUGAUAGGGACACAUUUGCUGGAGGCUUGGCAUAUUGAUAAACCUCCAAUGCAACAAUCACAGUUUCAUGAAAAGGUUUUCAAAGCAAGAAAUGAUCUUCUAUCUCUAUCCUAAUGUGUAAAGUUUGUACAUAUGAAUGUAACAACUUCAGCUGUUAUCAUAUGUAUGUAUAGUUAGAAAUGUAGUUGGUAUUGGUCAACAUUAACAUAAACAUAAACAUUCUUGUACAUAUUGUUGAAUACUGAAGUGACUUGCAUAUAAUUAGUCGUUAUACUCAAAUAGACCUUCAUGUAUUACAGUGCACUCUUUGA